AUGCUUUUAGUGCACAACCGUAUCAAGAGUAACAAAUUUUCUUCUCUGGGGCGAAUAUAUAUACGGUAUAAUUCCAAUUCACGAAACAGAUGGCUGAGUAGACAACAAGGGGAUCCUUAUACAAAAGAGGCCAAAGUACAAAAUUUGAGAUCUCGAGCCGCAUUCAAGCUUAUGCAGAUUGAUGAUAAGUACAGGAUUUUCAAUAAAAAUACGCCAAAUCAGAGGAUACUGGAUCUUGGGUAUGCUCCUGGGGCUUGGUCUCAGGUAGCACGACAAAGAUGUUCGCCCAGUUCAAUGAUUUUGGGUGUUGAUAUUCUACCUUGCGAACCACCGCACGGCGUGAAUUCGAUCCAAGCUAACAUCCUGGCUAAGAGAACUCAUGAUCUUAUACGGCUAUUCUUUUCAAAGCAUUUUCAAUUAAAUAGGCACGAUGAGCUGCAUAAAGACCAUGGUUACUUCCAGAAUAUGCUCGAGGAGGAACUAACCCACGUUAAAGAUACAGAAUUAUACCGCGAGAUUUUCACUUCAGAUGACAGUUAUGAUACUUCUAGAACGAAUAGCACCUUAAAAGAACGGGAAAAAUUCCCAGUUGAUAUAGUUAUAAGCGAUAUGUAUGAACCCUGGCCCCAGACAACCGGUUUUUGGAAUAACAUUACUAAUCAAGCUUAUUUUAGGAUGGCUAAUACAUCUGGUGUCAGUAUAAGAGAUCACUAUCAAUCUAUUGAUUUGUGUGACGCCGCGUUGAUUACAGCUAUAGAUUUAUUACGACCCUUGGGCUCAUUUGCUUGUAAGCUGUAUACAGGCGAAGAAGAAAAUUUGUUUAAGAAAAGGAUGGAGGCGGUUUUCAAUGAUGUCUACAAGUUCAAACCAGAAGCUUCAAGAAAUGAAUCGAAAGAAACAUACUAUAUCGGAUUGAGAAAGAAAAGAAAUAUAGAUAAACUGGACGUUUUUAGUAACUGA